UGUGGUCAGUUCUUCACGUGGUGGCACGCGCCACAAGAGAGGAAGAGAAAUAUUCUCUUCCGUUUGUAGGCAGCAGAGAGCAGAGAAGGACUACACUUUAGAGGAGCAAACAUGCCGAUGUUCGUAGUGAACACCAACGUGGCCAAGAGCGAGGUGCCGGCGGCUCUGCUGUCCGAGGCGACGGAGGAGCUGGCCAAAGCUAUAGGCAAACCCGCCGAGAAAGUUUCUGUGCAUGUCAACCCUGACCAAAUGAUGAUGUUUGGAGGAAAGGGAGACCCCUGUGCAGUCUGCUCCCUCCACAGCAUCGGCAAGAUAGGCAGUGAUUACAACAAGCAAUACUCUAAGCUCCUAUGUGGACUGCUCAACAAACACCUGGGCAUCUCCCCUGACAGGAUUUACAUUAACUUCGUAGACAUGGAUGCAGUCAAUGUGGCCCGAAACAACACUACCAUUGGAUAAAAAUGAGAUAACCCAUGAAAUAGAAGAUAAAUCCAGUAUUGUCCUGUAUGUAUGAGCAUAGUUAAAACAGACGGUGAAGUGAAGAUGCAAAGACAAUUGCAAGGCCAGUAUAAUGUAUGGCAAUCUCAUAUGCACUUAGUUGGUUUCUUUAGUUUUGCACUGACCAUUUUUUCCCAAUAAAGUGCAAUAAAGAAAACCCUGCAGAACAUAAA